AACAUUAAUGAGCAGUCCUGGGCUAAGAAGCCCGGGGUUCAGGGAGAAGCGGCCCGGAGCCGGCGAGGUCCUCGCCCCCUCAUGAAUAUGCAGAUAGGCGGCCCGCCGCGCCCCGCCCCGCCCUCCACUCCUCUCCCGGCGCAACGGACUCUCCCUGCGAACGGGAAACAAGAUGGCGGCGGCAGGUCCGAGCACUCGGGCUUCUUCCGCGGCAGCCGCAGCGGCUCUGAGUCGGCGGGGCCGGCGGGGCCGCUGUGACGAGAUGGCGGCCGCGAAGAGCAGGGUUCCGGGCCCGGCCUCUAGCCCCGCGUUGUUAGUGUUGCCGCGGCCGCCGCGGCCGGAGGAGUCGGGCUGCGCCGGCUGCCUGGAGGAGACCCCCGGGGAAGUGGCGGCCGCGGGGCCCAGGCCGGACCCGGAGCCGCGCGCGGAGCCAGGUGGAGCCUCCCCUCGUCCCCUUGGGGUCCAGGCAGGCCCAGCCACCCGGGUCUGGCCUGAGUUUAUAUUCAGAGCACCAAUCAAAUUAAGCAAGCCUGGAGAACUUCGUGAGGAAUAUGAAUGCCUAAGAAAGCUGAGAGAAGAGAAGUUACAAGAAGAAAAAACUUGUGAAGAUCAGAUCCACAAGAUACUGCAGGAGGAUUCAGAAAUGGGGAAAAGGAAAACAGAUGAACAGAAAAAAAGAGAUGAGCCAGUAGUAGUGUUGAAAACAAGUCUGGAGCAGUGUCCUGCACGUCUCUCAGAUUCAGAGAAUGAAGAGCCUUCUCGGGGCCAAAUGAUCCAGACUCAUCGAUCGGCCUUUGUUUCCAAGAACAGCUCCUACUCCUUAGCCUUCCUGGCAGGGAAGCUAAACAGCAAGGUGCAGCGGAGUCAGAGCUGCAGCGACACAGUUCAGGACAGAGUGAAGAGCAGGCUCAGAGCAGCUCCGCCCAGCAGAGCCAAGGUCACAACUAUAACUCCAGGCUCCACCCCCAUUAUUGGUGUUCUCUUGUCUACUCAGAACAACCGCUGCCUCUCGGCCCCUGACUUAACCAUAGAAAAGCGCCUGCCCUUCAGCUCCCUUUCGUCCUUGGCUUCUUUGCAUAAGCCAGAGCGCUCUAUCAGCCCUGAAAGCAACGACAGCAUCUCUGAAGAACUCAACCACUUCAAGCCCAUUGUCUGCUCGCCAUGCACCCCUCCCAAGAGACUCCCUGAUGGCCGAGUGCUAAGUCCACUCAUCAUCAAGUCAACACCUCGAAACCUGAACAGAAGCCUGCAGAAGCAGACUUCCUACGAGGCUAGUCCACGGAUCCUCAAAAAGUGGGAACAGAUCUUCCAGGAGCGGCAGAUCAAGAAGACGCUUUCUAAAGCUACUCUCACCUCCCUGGCCCCUGAAGGAGGGGAGGAGGUGCCAGGCUCGGAAGCCGUCCAUUCCAGCAAGGAGAGGCCGCCUCUGGCUUUAAGUACCAGACUGUCCAGGGCCCAGAUGCUCUCAGAGUGUGCUGGGCCCACCUCCACUGCCCUCGAGUAUUUACCUCCUGUUAACCAGACAAAAGUAGAUCAGGACUGUGUUAGAAAAAGGAGCCAUGACGUCCUGCUGGAGACCUGCCAUUCCUCAGAGUACAGAGGAGUAGCCAGUGGGCCUUCUUUGGAAGGGGAGCAGUUUGAGGAGUCAAGGUCCACCCUAGAUGCCACAUUAGACAAAACUUGCAUAAGCACAGUCAUGAAGACCUCGGCAGUUAAUUCAGUGCUACCUAAAAGUGAUGUUUUGGGUGGGGUCUUUAAAACAAAGAAACAGCUGAAGACACUCAGUCAUUUUGAUCUGGCUAAUGGCAUUCUGAUUGACAGCCUAGGAGAGGAGCCAAUUCCUCCCCUGCGUAGGGGCCGGAAAAGGCGCUGUAAGACCAAGCACUUGGAACAAAAUGGUGUUAAGAAACUGCGACCACCCAGCAGUGACAUGGGCCUGGCCCCCAAAGAGCCAGGGCUGCGUGAGGUGGGGCAGAAAUGGCAGCAGCAGGAGGGAGAGGACCAGCCGAUGGCUCUGCAGUCACAGCGCAUAUUUGACAGUGAGAGGCGGACUGUGAGCCGGCGGAAAGGCAACGUGGAUCAGUAUCUCUUACGGUCCAGCAGCCUGGCUGGAGCCAAGUAGCACUUACUGUACAGUGUGGUGUUACUGCUUUUCAGAGGUCCUUGGCCUCAGUCAUUUAUCCAAAAGAGCUAGCUGAAUGUUCUCACUUUGAGUUUCUUUCAAUGGCAAAACACUGUCUAAUAUGAUUCUGAGGCUUCAGAGCCUUGGUAAUCAAAGCCAAGGGUCUGCAUAUUUGGCUCUCUAGGAUCUGGGCCAUACUCCUCACCCCCUGAGUGAGCCAACUCUGAAGGCUUCUGGGCCCAAAUCUGGCAGCAGCCACUUGGAAUGAGAUUGGGAUUGGCCUCAUUCAUGAACAUGGUGGCCAGAGUUAGAGAUGGCAGGGAGACAGUACCUUCUCACACUCAUAAGAACCCUGGCUUCUUACAACAGAGCAGUGUUUAAGUCAGCCUUGCAGUAGACAUGCACUCUUCAGAGACAAACAGUGCAGUGCUGUGGAAGACCUGAGGUAAACAAGGGAUCAUGUUCGUCUUUGUCACCCCUGUGUAGCUCUACACACCUAAGUCAGUUGAGCUUAGAACUUUGGCGUCUCCAGAAGCUAAUUUACAUUCUCUGUUUAAAUUAUGACAUUUGAUUGAUGCUGUGUGAUUGACACUUGCUCUUCCUGACUUGUAAGUGGUGUCAGCUGGAUGAUGAAGCUGCAGUGCAGAUGUUCAGGCUCUCUCAACUGCCAAGUGGUGUAGUCCAGGCUGACCACUGUGUCUCCUGGCCACAAGUCCCAUGGAUUCUCCACAAUCACGGGGUGCCCAAAGGAAAUACAACCCAAGGGCAUGCCACGGCUACCUAGGGAGACUGGCUAGGCACUGAGUGUGACAGUGUGAAGCCCACCUAGAAGCAAUUAACAUUGCUGAGAUUGUAACAUUGCUGAGAUAUAAAUCGUAGAACUGCAGUGAACUCACCUACCCCAUUUACAGGCUCCUGUUUUCCCAGGAGUCCUAGCCUGUGAGAUAACGGUGAGGUUUCCCUACUAUUUUCCACUUGGCAAUGGCUACCUGCAAUUUUGGUCUAAAAAUCAUGAAAAACUUGCCCCAAAGUCAGGCAAAGAUAAUGCUGAGACUCCAUAUUGAGGAAACAAGGUAUCUAGCUGGAUGCAGCUGGUAAAUGUAGUCCCAUGGACCUUUGGGGUUUAUUUUUCUUAGCAGAUGACACUGUGUGUCUUUUGCAUCCCUGGUGGUGCUUGGUGCUUCUGCCCUUCUGGGCUCAAUGAAAAUAGGGAUUAUGAUAUGAUUUUAGGGACUCUCAGGUGGGCUGGCAUUCCCUGUGUCUGUAUGAGCUGUUACCAUAGUCAUUUGACUGGCAUUCUAACAAACCCUCCAGAGCUUCUGUACCCCUUGAAAGGUCCCAGCAGGAGAGUGCAUAGUUCUCCAGUGAAGUUGCCUCUGAUCAGAGUGUUUCUAAAACAGUCAGUCUAGAAAUAGCUAGAGCUACAGUCAGCAGCUGAGGGUAGUUACCUGUAGUGCUGUUUCCUGGGGGCAGAUGUCAGUCUUUUGGGAUUCUAGAAGGGAGAACCUCAGAUUUGGAAUUAACCCAAAGUUGGUUGAAGCUUCUAGGAAGGUGGGAAGGAGCAUGUGGAGUCCCAAGCAAGGUGUCCCUUAAAGCAGACAGAGUUACUUUCUCUGCAGCUCGGAGCUGACUCUUCCCGGGGAUGCUGGAUGUGUGUGGCCAUCACCAAGAUAGGUGGCUUCAGAGGCUGCUCUGAUGGGGAGCCUGUGUGAGUCCUGGGGUGUGGGUGUAUGUUUUACAGACAUGCAACAGUCUCAUUCCUGUAUAUUCAUGCCACUUUACUUCUUGUCCUAGGCAACUUAAGGCUUUAGGGGCUGCUAAAGGCAUGUUAAUGUCCCAAAAAGGAGAACUGGCCCUGGUCUGCAGAUACGAGGAGAUUCCAUUAGAGAAAACGUUGAAAUGCCUGCCACUUCAUAUAUUCCCUUUAUGAUCUUAGUAAUUACUGUUGGAGGGCUAGUCUUCCUGGGUAGUAGCAAAGACACUUAUUUUUCCACAUGCCACCCUUUUAUAUGUCGCUAAUCAGUAGAAAAACACUUUCAGUUGGAAUUAAUUUUGGGUUUUGGUGAAAAGAUAAAAUAUUUUUACUAGAUGAGAAAUAUAUAUUUUAAAUAUCCCCUUGCCCCUAGUUACUACCCUGGUUUGAGAGUGUGCGCAGUGGUGGUGACAGGUGUGGGCUGCAGGUGCAGCUGCUGCUGAGCGAGUGUUGCAGACUCUGGGCCCGCUGUGGCUGUCCCUGCCCCCCAGUGAGACUCAGCUGUGCUGCAGUGUGGGUCCCCGUGCUUCCUGCUGAGCAGUGCUCCUCCAAGAGGAGGCAGCGAGUUUCCCGUGAGGAGGAAAGGCCUUCUUUUAGUCCACUCAGCUUCGAAGAUGGAAAACUACUAACAUGCAGGAUGCUCUCUCGUUUAGUCGUUGAAACCUGAACACUGUUUCUGAAAAUCCCCAUCGCAGCUACAGUUGUUGACAUGGAUUCCUGACGAGUAGAGACAAAUAGAAUGGUUGGUGAGCUAGACGAAAGAGAUUUCACAAAAUCAAUACUGCCCACAAGUCACUGCAGUUCUGCCCACCCUACACAUUGCCCGUGUUCCGCCAUGCCCUUGUGUGUAAGCAUUCUGCUUGUUUCCCUUUCUUAUUAAAGAGGAAAUGAGGAGGAACAGGACGGUGCGUCUUGCCAUUCCUCAGGAGGGCUUGACAGCUCUCCGGAGAGGUAACCCUGCGGCUGACUGUACCUGUUGGAAGAAGUCAUCUGGAUGGAUUGUCGUCAAGUCAGGGAUUGCUCAGCCAGCAACUGACUUCUGUCCCUUAGUUACCUUUAAAAAAAAAAAGUUAAGUCUGGCUGAGGCUUGUCCAGGAAUCCUUUCUUAAUUGGCCUCAUUUAUUAAAAGAAACAAACCAAAAAACCCAAAACAUUUUUUGUAUGGAGGAUGUACUGGUCAUAAAUGUCUUUUUUUUUCUUCAGUUGUUUUUUUAAGGUAAGAUGCCCCUCAGAGAGUAAAGCUAUUUAAUUAAUUAUUGUCUGGUUACAAACUAGCCACUGACUAAAUGGGAAGCUGCUGACUAAAGGCUUUGUUCAUUCAGUAGGCACUUUUGAGUCUUAGACCACCCCAGUGUGCUGGACCACAAGCUAGACCCUGUUGUUGGGGGGCCUGUCUCGUGCAGUGUGUGUGGACAUAUGUUCGGCUAGAGGGUGCGUUAAUAUCUUUGGAAGGCCAUUUAAUCUAUAGCAAUGCUCUUCAAUGGUCCUGCUCAGGAGAUCGAGCACUCAGCCUGUCACCGGUAACAUUUUCCAUAUCUCAUCAGUAUUUAUGAGUUUGAUUAACUCUGCUUCUUCCAUUUCCUAAGUAACUUUUCCAGGGAAGAAUGGAUUUUCUCCUGCAGUGAUUAUAGAACAGUUGCUCUGUUCAGAAGCUGCAUUUACUCAAGUUCUAAGAAAUGAGGCAGGUCUGGGUCACUGAUCGGGCCGGAGAAGCCCACUCUUCACUUGAGGGGCCUCCUAAUGCAUUCCCCAAGCUGACCUCUCACCAGAACUGGCAGUGACCUGGGGUUUCUUCUUCCUAACUUGUCACUGAAGUGGAGAGCCAUCAGGAGAGGGUAGAGGCUAGCUUAUCAUCAUGGGAUGUUAAAGCUGGACCAGCCCUAGCCCCUCUUGAAAUGAAGAUCCACUGUUCUGGUUUCUGCUGUUAUUCUCUAGGGCUGAAUAAUAAUGAGUUAUACAAUUUGUGAAUGAAGGGGACACCCGAGUGACAGAGGUUUGAGAAUGGCUUUUUCUUUUGUUUCUUUCAGUGAAGAUGUACCUAUAUUCCCCCGAAUACACCCAUACUAAAUAGGGUACUUAAUAGGGAAAACCCUGUAGUGUGAGCUAAGUAAUGAGUGGAAUUUUGUUGUAGUUAUUUUAAUCAUAGCCUUUGCUGUUUCUUUCAAAAUCGACCUCCUUAGGGUCUUAAAUCUUUCUUAGCCAGCCCUUUCCUCAUCUACCAGAGAAUGCUCCUUAGAUUUAGCCUUUAGAAAGAAGGGAGCUGGUUAAAGUUCUUAUGAGCCGGUAGGGCAGGGAGCAGAUUUUGAGGACAAGGCUGCUGCACAGAUUCUCUUUGAUGACCCAGCAAUGCUCCUUUGCCUGUGGUUAGUCUGCAGCAUUCUGGACUGUUCUGCAGAAGAGAUGUGGAUACACAGAGGUUACCAAUUUAGUCAAAGGGGCUGGUGGAAGAAGCACCAAGCCCACGUGAACAGACUGCUCUGUGUCUCGCCAGUGUUUCUUCUGAGGGGAAAGUGUACUUUUGUGUUUCCUAAGUUUGUUCCCAGGAAUGUGUGAGUGCUGACCUUAGGCUCUGAACAGGCCCCUCCCUUUCUGGUGUAGCAAAGUCAUGCUAAGGUCAGCUUGCUGUCUCGUUCCUACGCUGAGUGUGAGCACAGACAGUGCAGGCUUGGGUGUCAGGCUGUGCAGGGCGGAGCUUCCUCCUGGUGCCAGACUCCUGUAGCAGCAGUCACUUCUCCCUGGCUGGCACUUGCCCUCCAAGCUGUGCCCCCAGUGCAGCCUGGCAGGUCCCAGUUUGCAUCAGACAUGACCAUGAGCCCGAAGCCUCCAGCAAAGCAAGAUAACAGAUACUAUGCAAGACAGGAAGUGACUAGUUGAAAUGCCAACUAGUGGGUGUCCCCCCCUUUCUUUUUGCACCUGAUACACUGUUUACUCUUAACUGUACAAAUAUAGUUGUAUUAAGAGCCAAGAGCCGAACCUUUCCACUAGAAAUAUAAAUUGGUUGUCUGUUUGGUUUUAGGCAACCUGCUAUAGCUCCUUGUGGUCUAGUGGUUGUGACUUACUCAACCUGUUUACAUUAGGAUCGGAGAAGGGGCCUUGCAUCCUGGUGGACUGCCACUGCUGUCUGUACCCCCUUGACUCAUAAAGAGCCUUUUGGCAGAGGACUUGGGACAAGGUAUGCCCUGUCAAGGGAUGCUUUUACCACAGUGAAAUGGUGUGGAAUCAAGUGGGAUGAUGUGUGAUUAAAACAGUACCAAAGUGCAUUCUUCAAUGUGUGUAUGUGCCUGUUCCAGGCGAGGCCCAAGUUGAAAAUGCAGUAAAGCAGACUCAUGAAAGCAAA